ACUAUAGUUAAUUGAUGUGAGUGAGUCCUGUUGUGAACCUAAUUAAAAGCUAGCUCACCAGAAAAAUAUUAAUGAAAUAAAUUUUGAGUCCAACUGAAUCAAAACUAAUUCAUCAAGAUGAUUGUCGAUAUAAUAGAUAAAAAAAAGUCAUCUUAUUAAUCAGGAACGUAAAAUUUAUUCACUCUUCAAUACUUUACUCAAACUCAAAAUCUAACUUCACUCUAAAAGCUAACUCAUGAGAUGAGAUGAGAAGAGUAAUCAACUCAUCUCAUUAACCAUGGGUGUGAGUGUGAGACUUCUUUUCACUUCAAACUUUCACAUUAAUUCUUCAAUUACUAAAACCUUUCACAAAGUCCCUUCUUUCACCUUACCAAUUACAAUGGCUAACCAAAAAUCAUCCUUUCUCACAUUCAACCAUCUAAUUAUAUGUCUCAUUCUGUUGCUACUAUCAAAAUCCCCACAAAUUCACUCAACAUGUCGCAAUUUCUGUAACAACAUUCGCAUAAACUACCCGUUCAGCAUCGACGAUGGCUGCGGCGCACCGCAGUAUCGCCGCAUGCUAAAUUGUUCCGCCACUGAUUUAUUCUUCACAACACCAUCAGGAAACUACAAAGUCCAAUCAAUAGACUACGAAAAACAAACCAUGACCAUUUUCGAUCCAUCGAUGUCUACUUGUUCGAUCCUACAACCUCAUCACGACUUCAAAAUGUCAGAAAUUCAAUCAGCUAUAAUCCCGCCAUCACCCGACACGAUUUUCAUCCUCGUCAAUUGCUCCAUUGAUUCACCAGUACUUAACCAUUACAAGUCCCUUUGUUUUAACUUCUCUGGACAUUCGUGUGACGAGCUUUACGGUUCGUGCACUUCGUUUAAGUUGUUUCAUUUGCUGUCGAAUAGUACCCCAGCGUGUUGCUUCACGGGUUAUGAGACAGUGAAGUACAUGAGUAUGGAUAUAUUGGAUUGCACGCAUUAUACGAGUGUUUAUAAUACGGAUAGAUUGCAGGGUGUUGGCCCCUUGGAUUGGCUUUAUGGGAUGAAGUUGUCAUUUAGCGUGCCGGACACUGGAUGUGCCCGGUGCGCUAAAUCUGGUGGGACUUGUGGAUUUGAUGUGGAGACUGAAAUGGCGCAAUGCAUUUGUUCAAGCACUAGUAAUUCUACUAGAGAUUGUGCUGGGGGCAGAGAAAUAAACUUUGCUGAUAGUUAUAGAGCAUCCUCGUAUCCACAGCUACAUCUACUAUACAUUUUAGCUCUUCUGGCCAUUUCUUACAGCAUUCUAUUGAGAUGAUGAAUAAUCUUCUAUUAAUUUUGUUGAUUUUUCUUCUCUUUCUGUGUUUUAUCUUUCUAAACUUGUUAUUACUAAUUCAUUGUGCCUAAACUUGGAUAUUUUUUAUAUUUAUUUCAUUUUGUGGUGUUGCACCAGGUAAAAAGUCGGAAGAAAAUGUAUCAAAAGUUCUAUUACU